AUAGAGUUUUUGUUAUUCGUCGGCAGCGUUUACUAAAAUGGACAAACCAACCUCAACUAUACCACUUCUUUCCGGUUAUGGAAACUACUUUGAAACAGAAGCAGUUGUUGGAGCCAUACCAAAAGGUCAAAAUAAUCCCCAGAAAUGUCCUUUUGGGUUGUAUGCAGAACAACUCUCUGGAAGUGCUUUUACUAUGCCUCGAGAAAAGAACUUGCGAACUUGGCUGUAUCGGAUCCUGCCAAGUGUGAAGCACGGAAAGGUUGUGGCAGCACCUGAAGAAGCUCCUUUUCUUACAGAGGGAACCAAACUGACACCGGAAAGGCUACGUUGGAAACCUUUAGACUACUCCAUGUUGGUGAGAUCCACCGAUUUUAUUCAGGGUCUAUUUACUGUUGGUACUCAAGGUGAACCGACUAGUAGAGAUGGUGUGGCAAUACAUUUAUAUAUUGCUAAUUGCAGCAUGGAAAACAAGUGUUUUUUCAACUCUGAUGGUGAUUGGCUGAUUGUUCCACAAGAAGGAGGCCUGCGAAUUCAAACCGAACUUGGCCUUUUACCGUUACGUCCUGGACACAUAGCUGUCAUACCACGUGGAGUGAAGUUUCGAGUGGAACUUUUGGAUGGUAAAGCUCGUGGAUAUAUUUGUGAGGUUUAUACUGGUCAUUUUGAGUUACCUGACCUUGGACUGAUUGGUUCAAAUGGCUUGGCCGCACCGAGAGACUUUCUUUAUCCUGUUGCAUAUUAUGAAGAGAAAGAAGUGCCUUUUGCAGUUAUUCAAAAGUACGGAGGUAAAUUGUUCCGCUUUUCAUUGGAUCAUUCUCCUUUUGAUGUUGUGGGUUGGCAUGGCAAUUAUGCACCAUUUAUAUAUGAUUUGAGUCUUUUUUGUCCUGUCAACAGCGUGCUAUAUGAUCAUAUGGAUCCUUCCAUUUUUACUGUUUUGACUUGCAAAAGCAGUGUACCUGGACUGGCAGUUGUGGAUUUUGUCAUAUUUCCUCCUCGUUGGAUGACACAAGAGCAUACAUUUCGACCGCCGUAUUUUCAUCGUAAUUGUAUGACGGAAUAUAUGGGUUUGAUCCGUGGAAUUUAUGAUGCCAAGGCAGAAGGAUUUGUUCCAGGAAGUGCAUCAUUGCACAGUAUGAUGUCAGCACAUGGACCGGAUGCAGUGACGUUUGAAAUGGCAAGCAAUGUGGAAUUGAGUCCUUCUCGUGUAGGCGAAGAAAGUCUGGCAUUUAUGUUUGAAACCAGUCGCAUGCUCAAGUUGACAGACUGGGCUUUAGAUCCAAAGCAUUUAGAUGUAAAUUAUAUAGAUUGUUGGCAGCCAUUGAAAAAGUUAGCUUCACUUCAAGUAGAAUGAUGUUUGUUAUUGUAUGAUAAAGUACCUAGUUGGCUG